UCCUCAGAAUAAUCCAAAAGCGAAAGCAAGCGAGCAGAAUAGAAAAAAAAGAGUAGAGAAAGGGGGAAGUUAGAACUGAGAAAUCCAAGCCCAGACCAGACGGCGAGAGGGGAGGGGGACUGCUCGUCGGUGGCGAUUCCGACUCUUCUCUACGCGCUGCCCAGGUUUUAGCUCAUAAACUUGAAGGGGAGAGGAGCCAGCAUGGGAAUUUCAUCCAAGUGGAUCAAAUCACUUGUUGGGAUAAAAAAGCAUGGUAAAGCUCAAAAUGGUGAAAGCAGCAAAGAAGGGAGCUCUUCUGCUCAUCUGCUGGACAAACGGAAACACUCCAUGGAGACUGAAGGCAUCCUUUCAGUUGCAGAACUCACAGUGCAAACUGAGCCAUUGGCUAGUGACACCAAUGGACAGACAAUAUCAGAUUCUACGUCCUCACUGAGAACAUAUCUUCAUACAAAGGAGGAUCAGGCUGCAACAGUUAUUCAGUCAGCCUUUCGAGCAUUCUUGGCUAGGCGGGCUUUACGGGCGUUAAAAGGAUUAGUUAGACUCCAGGCUCUCGUUAGGGGUCAUGCUGUACGGAAACAAGCAGCAGAAACACUUCAGUGUAUGCAAUCAUUGGUAAAGGCUCAAGCUCGUGUCAGAGCAAGGCAAGUUCGCAAUGCUUUGGAAGGUCAAGUGACCCAGAAGAAGGCUUCUGAAAAUGUUCAUGAUGACCAAGCUCAUGAAAUUGAGGAACGCUGGUGCGGCAGUAUUGGCUCGGUUGAAGAAAUGCAAGCUAAAGCAUUGAAAAGGCAAGAGGCUGCCGCUAAGCGGGAAAGAGCUAUGGCAUAUGCUUUAACACACCAGCGGCAAGCAGCAGGUUCCAGGAAACUGAAAGCGGCAACUGUCGAAGGCCUUGAGGUGGAUGAGAACCAGUGGGGACGGAACUGGGUCGAGAGAUGGAUGGCGGUGCGUCCAUGGGAGAACAGGUUACUCGACAGUAGUGCCAAAGAGAACGUCCCAACUGGUGACGACAAGCAGGCGGAGGACAAUGAGGCCCAGGAUGUUAAGAAGCCAGUAGGAAAAGUGCCAAUUUCCAGUAUUCACUCAAAUGGUUCAAGCCAGAAAAAAGGCGCAAAGCACAAAAAGUCGUCCUCUGAUGCAAGUGGUUCCUCAUCAGAGCAAUCUGCAGCUGUGGUGCCCGCUACUUCUUUGGGAUCAUCAAAGCUGAAGCCGAAGACACCUGUCGAAACCUCUGAGGAAGUCAGCUCCCAGCCUUCAAAUCUACAGGCUCCCCGGUCCACAAGCAAUCCGAAAGAAAGGCCAGCAGCACAAGUCAACACACCAGCUAAGAAGCGAUUAUCUCUUCCUAACAAAGCGACUGCGAGCAGGGGAGUCGGAAAAGGCCCGGCCAGCAGCAGUGAGAAAACUCGGUCCAUCGGUUCCAAGAACACUGCAGAAGGAGCGUCCAAAUCUGACCCGAAACAGCGGCGGAGCCCUGCUAGCGCAACCUCGAAGAGAGUCCAGGCACAGGCCUGAUAAUCAACUCACUCACAUUUCUUUCAGGUACUCAGUAUGGCAAUAUCCUUUGUCAUGUGUGUCAUUGCAUCUGUCAUCUGUGUAUAGUAGACCAAGGAAUAAACCGCUGCAUCUAGGUCGCUGCCAUGUUCCAUGCUUCUGGUUUGGGGGCCAUUGCUAGUUGUGUCCCGACGUUUUCUCUUGCUUCUGUCAUGUACCAGUCUGUAAUGUUUUCUUCCACCCCAAUGGAACUGAAGAAGCAUUGAAGCAAGCACACGUUAUGUGCAUGUUGUGUUUAUUCUUCCACAUAAGAAAACCAUGCUUUAAUA